GGGUAACCAGCUUCAUUCACGAUGCGCUCUCCUCCAACGCGAGUAUCGAAGGUGUCCGCAUGUAUUACAGCUCCUUUCCCAUGGCUUCCUUCUCGCUUUUCAUGGCCAUCACGGGGGGCGAUGACUGGUGGAAUCUCGUGAGGCCCCUGCUGGAAAUAUCAGAAGUCUAUGCCGUACUCUUCGUGCUCUACAUCUCCCUCAUGGUGUUGGGUGUGAUGAACAUCAUCACCGGGAUCUUUGUUGAAA